CGACGGAAAAUACCGACUUCCGCGGUGCAUUCUGGGAAGCAGCGACUCGGGAGGCCGCCAUCUUUGCUCGUAAGGACAAACAUCGCGUUUCAGAUGAUUUUUCUCCGAAUCAGAACCAUUCAAGCGAGUCCAGUGGGUCGGGUUCUGUGAGCACCGCGUGCAGAGAGUAGCAGUUUGGCUUCAGCCCCGAACCGGAGCGCAGCGACCGCCGCCGUUUAGCCGGUGAAGAUGGGCCGCUCGCGGAGCCGGAGCUCGUCCCGGUCCAAACACUCCAAAGGCAGCAAGCACAGCAAGAAGCGGAGCCGGUCACGGUCCAGAGACCGGGAGCGCUCCAAGAAGAGGUCAAAGUCCCGGGAAUCGAAGCGGAACCGGCGCAGAGAGUCUCGGUCCCGGUCCCGGUCUACAACAGUCACGGCCCGCAGAGAGCGCGCCGCUUCCCCGCCGGAGCGCAUCGACAUCUUCGGGAGGACUCUGAGCAAGAGGAGCGCCCUGGACGAGAAGCAGAGGAAGGAGGAGGAGGAGAGGAAGGCGGAGAUGGAGCGGCAGCGGAAAAUCCGGCAGCAGGAGAUCGAGGAGAAGCUGAUCGAGGAGGAGACGGCGCGGCGGGUGGAGGAGCUGGUGGCCAAGCGGGUGGAGGAGGAGCUGGAGAAGCGUAAGGACGAGAUCGAGCGGGAGGUGCUGCGGCGCGUGGAGGAGGCCAAGCGCAUCAUGGAGCGGCAGCUGCUGGAGGAGCUGGAGCGCCAGCGGCAGGCCGAGCUGGCGGCGCAGAAGGCCCGAGAGGAGGAAGAGAAAUCCAAGCGGGAGGAGCUGGAAAAAAUCCUGGAGGAGAAUAACCGCAAGAUCGCUGAAGCUCAGGCCAAACUGGCGGAGGAGCAGCUGCGCAUCGUGGAGGAGCAGAGGAAGAUCCACGAGGAGCGCGUGAAGCUGGAGCAGGACCGCCAGAGGCAGCAGAAGGAGGAGCAGAAAAUCAUCCUGGGCAAAGGGAAGUCCCGCCCCAAACUCUCCUUCACACUCAAGGCGGCCGACUGAGACCCCCCCACGCCCCGCCCUCGGCGCCCCGCUCAUGUGUCCGUACUGCUGUCCUCCUCAUGACUCCGCCCGCCGCCGUCCUCCGCCGAAACGCUCGCUUCAUUUUGGAAGUGUCAAAGGAAACUCUGGAUGGGGGGGCGCCGUGGGAGAACUCACCUGUCCCGUGAGGACCACCGCUGCUCCCCCCGGACCUGAGGAGGCGGCGGCUUCACCCCAGAACCUGACUGCCCCGCCUCAUCCGCUGCACCGGGACUGAUUCGUUCAUGUUUCUUCCUGCUUUUCUGUUCGGAGGCGUUCUUAGCCUGCAAGUCUUAAUCUGGCCCCGCCCCCAAAGCUCAGCAGACCACAACGCCGUCAGCGGUGGGCCUAAAGACCCGCCCACAGCCUGACAGCACAGUGCCCCCCUCCCCUUAUCUUCUCACUCACGUGUUGUGGUGUGCUGACCCCCCAGAUAGAAACGUCCCUGUAUGAAGGUAUGAAGGCGUGACCCCCAGUUACUGUGUGAACCAACACCCCCCAGUCAGUGGAGUUUGGGAGGGGGGGUCUGUGUCUAUUUGAUUCUUAGAGGAUGCUGCAGUUCAGGUAAGAGGAGGUCAGAGGUCAGCAGGUGUGUGUGUGUGUGUGUGUGCGUGUGUGUGUGUGUGCGUGAGAGAGACCUCAGGUGGGUAUGUUUAAGUGUAUUGUGUGGACUCUUGGGUUUGUCACGUGCUUUCAAUUGUUAAGGGACUGAACAGAUCAAUAAAUCCAUGGAAUGCUCAA